AUGCUCGUAUGUGUUGCUCUUGUCGGCCGAGUGAACAAAACGGCCAAUAUAUUCCCCGGAAAGGCUGCCAUUUGUAUCUCCCUACUCGCCUUACUGGGCCUGAUUCUCGGUGUCUCUCACCAGGCCGCAUUGGCCCUCUUCCUUACUGGUUUCGCUCUGAUGCUAGUUGGUUACUUUGCGUUAGUCCAGGAUGUACUACGCUAUCCUGCCAAGAGAGCUGUGCUUGGAACCGAAGCCCGCAUCCUAGUCAUCGUGGGACUCGCUGCGCCAUUUGUGUUUGUCCGUCUGCUUUACAGCGCCCUCGGUGACUUUACCGGAGCGGAACUAUGGAUCUCCAUUAGUGGCAACGAUACUAUCUAUCUUAUCAUGGAUGGCCUUAUGGAGAUUAUCGCCAUCACUAUCAUGUACACCACCGUAUAUUUUGCGCCGCUGCCGAAAGCAGCACCCGCGGAGCGUAUUGUGGACGCCGAGGGCGUCACUGCGAUAGAGCGCGGGAGCGAGAACCAAACCGCCCUCAAGGAAGAGAACCGCAAGAGCAACGAAGCUUAA